CAUCAUGUACUGAGUGAGAAUCUUUGGUUUCAGGAGAAGUGGAAAAUGCUGACCUUACAAGUAUACCACAGUAGCUUCAACUGUCCUAACGACAAAGUUCGAAGCUUUGGUAAUGUCUUCUUGAAAACUGGCGGCGGAUUAGUCACUGUAGUGUCGAAAAAGAGAGACUUUACGGAGAAACCAAAACCAAACGGGAAACGAUCCUUGUUGCAGAUCAAAGUCCCCAACACAAUCCUCGCUCGAUCUGCGGUCGCUGUUCUUGGUUUAGGAUUCAUCGAUGCUGGGUAUAGUGGUGAUUGGUCAAGAAUAGGUGUGCUCUCAAAAGAAACAGAGGAGCUGCUCAAGCUUGCUGCUUUUCUUGUUGUCCCUCUCUGUAUCUUUCUUGGUCUUUCCUUCUCCAAUGACUCAACUGAUUAAAGAGGUUCCUUUUACUAUCAUGGAAGUCUAUAACUCAAUACUUGUAAGAAGAAUGUGCUUUGAAUAUUCUUGGUAGUAACUAGUACAUUCUAUGGGACAGAUAUAUUGAUAUUUGAUACAAUGAAUGAAAUGUUAUUGUAACGUUUUACAAAUUUGUUACUUGCUUCAAAAGGCACAAGAAGGAGAAGCGCGUCGAAAAUCCAUGAUAAGAAGAGAGGCAACACUAUGAGCAAGAGCUCCCAAGACUACAAACACAUGGAAUAUCUGAUGGCUAUGUCCAGCUACAUCGAAAGCACCAGGCUUCCAUCUCUCGGGUAUACGGCUAACAUAGAACCCUGCUCCCGUUGCGUACAGCACAGCCAUCGCAAGCUCGUAGACUAGAGCGACAAGCACGUUGGGAUGAUCCCUGUGAAGGUAAAGCAGAUGCGAGGCCGGUACGAUGCCAGAGAACCCCAUCGUCAGGAAAAGAGCUGCUCUGAAAGGUCUGAAACGCGGAGCAGAGAGGGAUGGAGAGAGGAGGGUGAAGAUGGCCGAGAGGCCGAGGAUGGAGAUGGAGGAGAGGUAGAAGAGACGCCAGUGAGUGUGGCAAGAGAAUGCGUAGUAGAGAGGCGCGAAGAAGGAGGAGACGAUCAUGAGGGAGAUUCCUGCGUAGUCUAGGCGCCAGAAGAAGAGGUUGAAUUUUCUUGAGUGGCAGGCGAAGAGGUGUGACAGGGAGCUGCACAUCAAGCAGAUCAUUGACCCGGAUAGGAACAAGAGCCAUGGCCAUUUUGGGAUUGUUUCGUUGUUGACUUCUUCUCCUUGAUAGUUCGAGAACGAGCUAGUAGUGUGUGUCAGGUUGGAAUCCUGCCAAGAGACAUAGACUUUUUAACUCAAAUGUUUUGAAAGUUACCACUUAGAAUUAGAACU